AUGUUGUUUCAUUAUUUUGUAGCGAAUAUUUGGUGCGCGGAUAAUCCAGUGUAUGCGGAGGACUGUCCGGAGCAGGCAUCGUGGGGAGGGUGUGACAACAACCCUGGUUUCAUGUGGAACAAUUGUAGAAAGACCUGCGACAAAUGCGAUUGGUACCCAACUCUCGACGCGAUCAAUGAAGCCAUUGCCGAGUACAACGAGCACACGUGCAUCCGCUGGGUGCCGAGGACUACAGAGACAGACUACGCUCACAUAUCACGUCGUUACGGCGGGAGAGCAAUCAUGAGAGCUGUGGUCUUCUUGCUAUGUCUGGGCGUAGCCCUGGCCCACGAGAGAGGCAAUAUCGAACAUAUCAUUGAGAUCAACCGAGAGGCCGGCCAGAACAAUCUGUUUGAAGGUGACAUCAAGGUUGCAGAGGUGACGAAUAUUUUGUGCGCGGAUAAUCCAGUGUAUGUGGAGGAUUGUCCGGAGCAGGCAUCGUGGGGAGAGUGUGACAACAACCCUGGUUUCAUGUGGAACAAUUGUAGAAAGACCUGCGACAAAUGCGAUUGUACAGCGUAUAACUUUGACAAAUACGAUGAAACUGUGAUCGACCUGUAUGGGUACUACGACUUGUACUCGAUCAUGCAUUACGACUGCUACUCCUUCUCUAAGAACAACGAACCGACCAUCACCGCCAAGAGUGAUCCUUCCUGUAACACACCACUGGGACAGCCUUUCGUAGGCGGUGGUUUCAGGCAGUCCGACAUUGACAAGCUGAACUCUAUGUACAACUGUUAG